AUGGCCAAGUUUUAUAAACUGAUACUGGCGCUGCUGUUCUUGGCAGUUGGGUAUCAACAAAUUGAACGCUACUGUGUGAACAACGAGGACGCUGCCAUAUGUGAAAAGGUGCUUCUAAGCCGCAAUGUGUGGCUUCAGCAGAACGCUGUACCCUGGUGGGAAACUAACGUUGAGCCGCUUAGAGCAAAGUACGUUGCUCCUCAAAUAGACACGCUUGCCAAAUAUGAGAAGAAAAUGUGCGAGUGGACCACGCCUCGCGCCAAAGUGGCUUUUUACACCGCUAAAGACGCUUUUGAUCAAAAUGUAAGACCUUUUGCACUCAAAUGGUACAAAACCGCCCAAUUCAAAGUGCAGUUUUACUACCAAGUCAAUUUGGCCUCUUCUGUAAGGCACCUUCAAAAUGUUUACAACAAGUGGAUCUUUCAAGAUGGUGCCGUUCAGCGAUUUGGCCGCGGAACUUAUUCCAGAGUUUCUGCCAUGGGCGAAUUUGUUCGGAAUGGUGUCGCUACGGCUUUGGAAAAAUUUUCUGCUGCGCGCGAAGACUUCAUUGAUCGCCCCAAAAGAACUUCCUCUUUCGAGGCAGCUCUUGGAGAGACCACAGCUGAAAGUCUAGAACAAGAGCCCGCAACAGGUGACGACAUUUUCGAGGAUGAAACUAUCACGCUCACUUCGGUGAUAAUAGAAACUGUAACUCUUUCAGAUGGCGAGUUUGGCGCCCCUGCUGUCUCUUCGUUAGCAUCAGAAUCUGGUGCUUUGAACCUCGCCACUGACAGUACCGUUGAGCUUUCCGUCACGGAACUUGUGCAAGAUGAGUUCGAAGCUUGGGCAAAUGCUAUCGAGAGAAAAGCAGCAAACACCAUUGCGCACUUCAAUCACGACGUUGAAUCACUCGUCCAGGAGAGGCUGGAUCAGAUUCAUCCCGAUGUGACCGCUCUUCUACGCAACAUUACCAACCAGAGCCAAGCGUUCUAUCAAGCGAUCAACAAGGCGAUAAUGGACGUGAAUUGCACGGCAGAAAUAGAUCCCGAAACAAACGAAACGAUAUACUUCGACAGACAUGGCACUCAGCUGGACCGGUACAUCACGCGGCCUUUAAUGCGCGAGCUAUUUAAUCGCACGCAUGUUUAUGUUGACGAAAGCCUGGAUCAUGUCGGAGGCCGUUUGGAAGCGUUUGUCAAAGAAAUUGAUGCCGCUGUCGACCUCAUGAGACAUGAUCACUUAGAAAUCUACGAGGAAUGGGGGGACGUCAUGGUCUCUGAAUGGUCGAGACGUAUGGCCUACGUGGAUGUGGUUGCAGCGUUGGAAGAGGACGACUUGAACAAAAAACAGCAUGAAAACUGGAAAGAUUUUUUACAUCUCAAGAAGCUUGUCAUUGGCGUGCGGGACAAAUUAAUAAACCAUCCUGCUCAGCUGCACCAGUUGCAGGAAUUUUUGAAUGAGAUUCAAGUAACCCUGAGGGCUUUGCAGAGAGAAUCCGGAGAAUACCUUUUCAUUUUACGUAGUAAGGCCAACUUGGCCUUUCAAUCACGUGAAAAGCUUGAGCGGGAACGAGAGGAACAGGAGCGUCUCAAACGCGAGCGAGACGAGCUAGAAAGACAGAAAGAGCUCGAGCGACAACUAGAGUUAGAAUCUAUUAAGAAGGAACACGAAGCAGCGACGACGCCCGAACUUCAGGUCAAAGAGGAAUUGUCCGUUCAAACGGUUCAGGACCAAGUUAACGCUUCUACUAAACUACGUGAAGCCCAGAAUUUCAAUUCUCAAGUCUCCUACAAUGCUUAA